CAUCAACCAGCCGGCCCUCCAACUCCCCGAUCGGCCUCCUCCGCCUGCCUUCGGUCCCCCCUCGUCGGAUUCGUAUCUUUGCAGUCCGUUCUGCAGUGACACCGGAUUCUGCAUCUCGCCCGUGCUCGAAUCCCCGUUGUACUCGCCUGCCAAGCUUCUGCUCUCCCAGCCAUCUCCAUGAUUCUCGAUCGCCCUGCCUUGUCGGGCCAUGUCGCCGCGGAUUCUGGGCUGGCCAUCGUCCGUGGCGAUCCCCCGUCUGCCGACGAGGAUGAGUUCAUGUCUUGCUUUCUCAACGAAGAUUGCUUCCUCCUCUCGUCAGCGGCGCUGGCCACGCCUCCGGACGAUCGCUUACCCUCCGACACCCCCGCUUCUGAUGACAGCGCCUUUGCAUCCUUCUUCCAUCCGUCGCCUUCUUCUUUCUCGACCUCGUCCUCGUCCCGUCCCUUGGGCUCUUCGCCUUCGCUCUCGCCCAAGGUCUCCCUCCCGUACACCAUCCCUGUUCUCACCCAGCCUCUGUCGCCGUGCUCUUCGCUGCAUUCGUCACCGCCUCCCAUCGCCACACUGGACCAUCUGCUCACCAUCUCUGAGCCCACAUCCGAGACAACGCCGCCUCCAGAUCUGUCGUGCAUCUCGUCCGAGCCCGCGGCGUCCCUGGGGUCGUCGUUUUCGUCCUUCUUGAAUGCGUCGGACCCGCUUGUCGCCUCAAUUCCGCCAAUCGACUCGUCCCUGCUCUUUGCGUCGCUCGCCGCCGAUUCGUCGCUGCAGAAUGUCUCUUCGGACUUGGCCAUGGCUUCGUCCUUCCUGCCGACCUCGAUGGCCACUUCUCCCAUCGCAGCCUUGGCGCCGUCUUCAUCUCUCCCUCCAAACCCGUUCCUGGCCACUCCGGGGCUCCCGCUGGCGACCUUCCCGACCGCCGCCGUCCCCUCCGUAUCUGCACUUUCUCCCAACCUGAUCUCCAUGAUUACCUCCGGCACCGCGGCAAGCUGCCAGCGACUCCUCAACGAGCCGCAGCGGCGAAAACCCGGCAGGAAGAAGAAGACCGACUUGAUGGAUAUUACGAAGGCCGACUUGCUCGCCGCAAAGCCCGAGUUGCUUGUCCCCACGAGCGAGCUUUCAGCCUCAAGCGCCAUGUUGGCGCAGAAGUUGCAGCGCCCUGUGUUGAUGCCCAAGCCCGAGUCGGGACCCCCAGUUGCGCUAUCCCCGCUACCCACCCUGGCUGCCACUGUGCCUGCGACCCUCAUCUCGUCCGGCCGUAUUGCAUCCAAACCCGCUGUCUCACCACCUCCAAAGACGGCAGCACCAGCGAUUGCGGCUGCACGGACUGUCGAGAUUGCUCCGAGCUCGCCCGCUCUCAAGAAGCGAGCCACGACCUCUAUCGUUUCGCCAACGACGCCUCUGCCCAUCGUCGACCCCAUCGUGAAGAUUGAGAUGCUUUCUGACACUGAGUCGACGGACAGAGACCCGAAUCUCUGCACUGUGUCGAUGGACGCCGAGGUCAGCUGCCUCGGCCCUUCAGUCGCCCUCGUGGCCAACAAACGGCAGGAGCGCAUGAUCAAGAAUCGUGAGGCAGCAGAUCAGUCGCGCAAACGCAAGCGCGAGCACCUGCAGCAGCUUGAGCUCCACGCCCAGCAACUUGUUUCCGAAAACGACCAGCUCAAGCAGCGCGUGCUGGAGCUGGAGAGCAUGAACUGGGAGCUCAAGCUUGAGAACGAGUCGCUGAAGGCCAAGUUGGCCGCUACUGGAAGCAGCAGCAGUGCCGGCGUUGAUCGUGUUUCUCUUGGCGCAAACAAAAAGACCGUUGGCACCCUUUUCAUGGUAUUUUUGUUUUCGUUUGCCGUGAUUCUCAUGCCCGGGUCGCUCCACAGCAGCCCGCAUCGUAUCGAUGGAAGCCACACGUCCAGAAUCGGAUUUUGGAGCGGAUUCACCAAUGCUCUCGAGGCAACCCCACACCAACAUGGCAAAGUCUUUGCCAACGACGACUCUCUCGGACAAAAGAUUGCCCUACUCGACCCCGUCCCUGCCCAGGCCGAAGGUUCGGUCUCGUCCUCACCACUCGCCCAGACGCCAGCCUCCCGCCACGCAGAUCUGUCUGUUUCUCAGCUCCGACAGCAGCAGCUGAUCGACGACAUUGUGCGUCGGAUCGGCCGUGACUCUGUGUCUGGCGCCUUUGGCGAGGACGGACCGUCGGAUGCAUUCCUGACUUCAACGUAUCUCAAGCCGGCCGACAUCCGUCAGCUUAGCACACUCCGCGAUAUAUCCGUCAAGAACUUGACGUCGCUGCUGCAGGGUUGGAGCAUGGCAACUUCCCAUGGCGGCGUGCAGCAACUCUAUAUCGACUCAAAAGACGCAGAGUCCAGUACCAUCGAUAUUCUCAUGAACGAUUCGACACACGUCCCUGUCGCUGAGCUCCUCCGCUUGCUCACCGGGCUUGAAAACGACGAUGCCGCGGGCGGGCAUACCGACUCGUCCAAGUCGCUAGGAACCAGAGACGCUCGCUCGACCCAGCAAUCUGCCGGAGACUUCAAAACGGACAUUCGCAAGGUCAUCAGUGAUGCCUAUGCAUAUGCCUCAGGCAUACAGCUUAGCCCCUUCUAUGCAGGCCUGUCUCCAAAGCAGUCCCGAAACCAGCCCAAACGCCCCUCGCCCCGAUCGGUCAAGAAGACACCUGUCGCCAACUCCCAGAGAUCCCCGUCCUCAGGCAACCAAAGCUGCGAAGCUCUCAAGUCCGAGUGGCUGAACGAGAUCCGAAGCGGCCCCAAGCUGUCGGUUUACACCUUCUUGGGCACUUCUCGGCUCAUGGAUGGCCCCGAUGCCCUGGUGGAUGGCUCCCGACAACCUGGCAGCGCCGAGGUUGGCGAGUGGACAGGCAGCUCCAGCCGACUCGGCAACCAAGCCCCACAUGAUCUUCACAGCGACCGCCGCGAAACAUACUUGCAGCUUGAUCUGGAAGUUGUUGGCGCCAAGCUGGUGACCCGAAACUAGACACUGGUGUCUUUGCGAUAUAUGACUUGCUGCUUUCUUGCGCUGCUGGCGCGCGUGAUGAUCACCCUCCGUUUUUAUUCUAUUUUUGCUUUCCGGGCCUCUGCCUGCCAACCCACCACUAUUCCUUGCUGUUCUCGUUUCGGUCACUUAUUCUGUUUCCAAAAUGAAAUGGGACAGUGUGUUUUCUGGAACCUGAAUACACCCACCCACUCAUUGCAUUCAUGGCC